UGGAUGGUUCUACGAUGGUCAUCAGAAAUGAAUACAGGCAGUAAUCUUCUGCUUUCCUUCUAUGAAUUUUUACUGACCAAUGAAAGCAACCUCGUCUGCCGUGUCAAAGACAUGGAUGCAAAAAAGGCGAAUUCGCCUUCAGGUGGCAAAGGUGUGGCUGAUCACUCUAGCACACCACCUCCCAACGAUAAUAAUCGAGGUGCAUCACAACACCCGUUGAACAACAUAAAUCUUCCAACAACAGGAGAUUCCUUCAUGGAAUUCCUUUCGUAAAUACAAUUACUGUUGAGAUGCGGUGCUAGUUCCAUUCGGAAGAUCGGAUGUUAAGGUUAGCCUUGGUGGCUUUGCAAGUUACCUAGGUUACUAAGUCAGGCACUGCAUUAUCAACAGAGGUGGUCGAGCCUUCCUUAGAACGCUCCAAAACGUCAUAUGUUGAAUGUUGAAGCAUACAUUCACCUUUCCCUACCUACACCUACUUUCUUUACAAGAUGGAAGGUAUUGUCUAUUGCAACUUCCCCUCUCAAAGACAAACUCAAGUUAGCGUCUUUGCACCCAAUCCCUCCCAAGUCCAUCCAUUCUCUCUCUCCAUCCCCAUUCUCAUCUUGCAAAGCAUGUUUUGAUGCAGCCAGACUUUGCUGUUGCUGCUAGCAGGACUUUCUUGGUUUCUUGGGAGGAAUUUUGUAUUAACAUUUCUUGGUCGUUCUUCUCACAUAAUGGAUUUGCCCACCAUACCUCCUCAGGGCACCAAUCCAGGUCUCUCAACCCCAACACGAAUCCGGCGGAGUUCCUCUCAUAUCUCCCACAAGACCAGUUGGGGAACGCCAAUUAUUCCCCCAUCCCGUGAGAACACUGGCUUGGACGAUGCUAGCCUCCUUGAUGUCGAUUUAGACGCAAAUGUGGGGGGUUCAGCUGCGGAAAGUGAUUGUGGCGAGAUUUGGAACACUUUGGAUAAUAUAGCUGCUUUAGGAUUGUCAUUCAACGCCGAGAACACCCAAACGGAGGAUAAACCGAUCACCCAUCGAUUUUCUCUCGACGAUGCUGAACUUUUUGCAAACCAUUCAUUGCCAUUGGAUUCGGAUACCACUGGCGUUCCAUUUAAUAAAUGGGUCAAGUCCAUACAACGUCGAGCAGGUCAGAGAAGAAAUACCGUGAGCUGUGAGACGACAGACACCGUAUUGAAGAAAGAAUAUAUUGACUCGCCUGCUGCUACACAAAGAAAGUUCGAUCACAAAAAGUCGUCUUCGGGUUCUUCAUUUGGGUUCGUCACGGCAGUGAAGAGUGCCAGUAUCAGCUUAGCGAGUCUCAGCAUUGCUCCACGCUCCAGGAGAACAGCCGUAUCCUCUCGUAACCACAAAACCGACCGUAGCAACAAUACAUCACUUGUUGGCAGAUUAUCCGAGGAUAGUGGGUAUCUUGCUCGAGGUGCAGUAAUUGAUCAAGCUGUCACAAAUCGGUUACUGCAACGCCGUCGAGUUCUGGAGGAGAUCAUCAGUAGUGAGGAAAGCUAUCUUGCUGAUGUGAAAUUUUUGAUGAAUGUAUGAGUGUCCCAUUCUUCCUCUACCUUUCUCCCACAAUCAAAUCGCCUCUAACGAUUAUAGGUCUAUGUCACACUUUUGGCAUCUAUUCCCAGUCUGUCAUUAAGUCUUCGAACAUCCAUCAAUCGAAAUCUCAAUGAAAUAGUCGAGCUUCACGAGGAACUUCUUGGUGAUUUACACAAAGUCGUUCCCCAUUCUGAGUACACGCAAGUGGAUUGUACCGAAGCGACACUCUCACCACCGGUCAGCGGCGGACAUAAUCGAUGGCGAAGUCUCGAUGCUGUUCCAGAGAACGCCAGAGGACCAGCUUGGCUUCAGAAAAUCACUGGCAUGACCUCGGAACCAAAGAUUGCAGCUGAAGUUGCAAAUGUUUUUGCAAAAAAGGUAAACAUGCCUUCCAACAUUACUCGAGUAGAAAUACUGAACGUAUUAAUUGAAGAUGAGCCGUUUCUUUAUUUACGAAGAAUACGGUGCCAAAUACGAGAUGAUGAUUAAAGAUGUUGCUUCUACAUACAGAAGUAUUCCACAUUGGGAGGUGUAUCAAAAAGGACUUGAAGCACUCGCUUCUUCAUUGGCCUCGAUCAAUAAUCAGCAGAACGGUUCCAAAAAGUCUCUUACCAUUGGUGAUUUGCUUGUCAAGGUAAUCUAUCUCUCCAAAACUGCCAGCAGUUUCUGAUAAUAUGAUAGCCCAUUCAGCGAGUCUGCAAGUAUCCGCUCCUUUUUGCAGAACUUUUGAAGCAAACUCCGGUUGUAGACUGCCCCGAUUCUCAUGGAGUGAUUGAAAAUGUCUUGGUUCGACUUCGGGAAGCGACAACAGAGAUUAAUCGAGCAACCGACGACCCACGCAUGAAAGUCAUCAUGGAAAAGUCUUGGCUCCUCCAGGAUCGGCUCUCGUUCCCAGAAAUGGUAUGAUAAGUUGGAACGAAUUGAUUGAAAUAAAAGACUGACAUCUUCGCAGCCUGAAGCUCUCUCCAAGAGUGCGAUUCGUUCUCUUGGGAGAGUCCAUCUCUGUGGUGUCCUCCAUGUCUCUUGGCAAACGAAAGAUGGGGCAGAAGGACAAUACUUGAUCAGUUUACUCUACCGAGAUUUUCUCAUAUUAGCAAUGGCGACAAAAUUGGAACAAUCUUACACGAUUCAAGCUUGUAUCGCCUUGCAUGAAAUAAGGAUUGAGGAGGUUGACAAUGGAAGAGGUAAGAUACCCAGGCUCUUAUCCACAAGCAUAUAAUCUGAUUUGCGUCACAGGCCUACAAUGCCACACAGUUCCAUUCUCGUGGAAAUUGAUCUUCGAGUGCGAUCAUCAGUUGUUCGAGAUUACAAUGAGCGCAUGUUCUCCAAAGGAGGAGCUGGAAUGGCGAAGUCGUUUGACCGAUCAUUCAUGCAGAGAUCCGCUUGACGCAGGAGAGCAAGCCAUACUUACAUCCUUAACACUUCCCAUCAAAUCAAUGGGCACAGUUUUUGGAAAGCCAGGUAAAUGUGCUCUGUAAAUCAGUGCUUUAUUUUAAGUUCGCUAACCCUUUCGAGGCACCAUCGCCAGAAGAUUAUCAAUUCAUAGAGCAACAACAGUUGGCCCAAUGUCGGGACUUUGCCAAGUCAUAAUCAAGAACACGAAUGCCUUCAAAGAAUCAGCCUCGUCCGCAAAUAUCAACAGAUCACAAUCUCUUUUAACCACAAAUCGCAUCCCAGUCAUCGCAUCUGCACGUGCCGAACGCAUAAAACUAGAAGGUUUACUCGCUGACGUCUGGACUCGAGAUAUUCUUCCAUAUCCUGGGAUGAGUGGUCGAGCACGCAGUGAACACCUUGUUCGCGCAUCAGCUAGUUCAAUGAUGCGCAAGCUUAGUGUUGCAAGCAUCACAAGUAAUUUUACUAAACGAUCUGGCAGCAUAGCAAGUUUGCAGAAGAUGACGGACGAUGAGAUCGAUAACGACAACAAUUCUCCACAUCGAGCCGAUCCAAACUCAAGCGAGAUAUUGAACGUCCACGAGCCGGAUGAUUUGAUUAGCUCACGACUUUCCGUCAUUCAGGAUGAAAAGGAAUUUAAGGAGAAUCUCCGCACUGGUUCUUUUGAUACUCUUCCAGGUUUACGAAGUGGAUCUCAUGGGAGCCCGGCGAGUACACUGAGAAGGGUGGCUACAUUGACGAAGAAGAGCUGGGUUCAGGACGGGAAGAGAAUUAUCACUCCGCCGCUUAGAACUUCUAGUGCAAACAGCUUUGGUCAGAACAGCGCCAGCCGGGUUGCACCACCUCUCACAAGCGUUCCCGAUAUGCUGGUUGAGGAGAAAGAGAAUGGCGGGGUACAUAGCCCAGCAUCUGUGCCGAAGCCUGUCAAGAAGAAUCGUGGGUUCGUCAAAAGCAGCCGGAUGGUACCAGAAGGGAUUCGGAGCUUUUUUCGUUAAGAUGGUUGGAUGUUUUCGAGAUUGAGAUGUGAAUUGAUUCGUCUCUUGAGGUGGAUAUGGUGGAUGGAUGGGUUUCCCUUUUGUUCCUUCUCUUUUUUUGGGCCAUUAGUAUUAAUGUUGGGCAUUGGUUAUUAUAUUAUGAUUAGGAAAAUGGGGUUCUCGGGGUUUCAUCGGUUUUUAUGGUAUGCAUGAAAGGAAAUGGACUGAACGGAAAAUAAAACGGAAAGGGAUUCGGGAUGAGUGUAUUUUACUUUAUGAGACCACGAGACAGGGAAUUUUAUCAGUUUUGGCUCGGGAAAGUUGGGGACUUGGUGACUUAUUGUACUUUGU